AGGGUCGUGUUCCCCGAGAUAUAGUUAAAUAGUAAUUACUAUAUUCUAUUCUAUUCUAUUAAGUCACGAAAGAAAAUCGAGUGAACACGUUGAAUCGUUGAUUAAUCAACACAUCUCCUUCUUUUUCUUUUUUCUUUUUGUAAUUUUCUUCACCAUCACCAUCAUCGUUCAAAUUCCAUUUUCAUUUUUCAUCAAUUCAAUUUCAAUUCAUCUUGUGUUGAAAUUGCAAGAAGCAACGACGAUGAAACCAGCUUCAGCUUCAUUGUUGUUGUUGUUUCUGUGUUUCUCUUGCGUGUUUGCUUUCAUUCCUCAUCGUACGCUGCUCCUCGACAAUAACAACAACAACAACUUGAAUGAAGAAGGCAAAUACCUCACCACUAAAGAGCUAUGGUUCAAUCAAACUCUCGAUCACUUCUCUCCCUAUGAUCACCGUCAAUUCCAGCAACGUUACUAUGAAUUCCUAGACUAUUUCAGGAUUCCGGAUGGACCAGUUUUUCUGGUAAUAGGUGGUGAAGCACCAUGCAAUGGGAUAGUAAAUGACUAUAUUGGUGUAUUGGCAAAGAAGUUCGGAGCGGCCGUGGUUUCUCUUGAACAUCGGUAUUAUGGAGUGAGUACCCCAUUUGAUAAUUUAGCGACAGAAAAUCUGAAAUAUCUUUCAUCCAAGCAGGCUCUCUUUGAUUUGGCUGUUUUUCGCCAGUAUUAUCAGAAUUCUUUAAAUGCAAAGCUGAAUAGAACCGGAGUUGAAAAUCCAUGGUUCUUUAUCGGUGGCUCGUAUUCUGGAGCACUCAGUGCAUGGUUCCGUCUUAAGUUUCCCCAUUUAACAUGCGGGAGUCUUGCAAGUUCUGCAGUUGUUCUUGCUAUUCAAGACUUCGUCGAAUUUGAUCAACAGAUUGGCGAAUCGGCUGGUCCUGAGUGUAAAGCAGCAUUACAAGAAACCACUCAACUCGUCGAAUCAAAACUUGCAGCCAAUGGACCGGCACUGAGGGCAACUUUUAAAGCAGAUGAUCUUAUAGUUGAUGGAGACUUCUUGUAUUAUCUGGCUGAUGCUGCUGUUAUAGCGUUUCAAUAUGGAAAUCCAGAUAAAUUAUGCAAGCCUAUGGUUGAUGCAAAGAAGGCCGGGGAGGAUUUGGUGGAAGCUUAUGCCAAAUAUGUCAACGAGUACUAUGCUGGAACCUUUGGCGUAAAUGUACAAAUUUAUGACCAGGAAUAUUUGAAAAAAACCGAAAUCAAUGAAGACAGUUCAUCUCGAUUAUGGUGGUUUCAAGUUUGCACUGAAGUUGGGUACUUCCAGGUGGCUCCGUCAAAUGAUAGCAUACGUUCCUCAAAAAUUGACACACAAUACCAUUUGGACCUGUGCAAAAAUGUCUUUGGAGAUGGUGUCUUUCCUGAUAUUGAUGCUACUAAUAUAUACUAUGGAGGCACAAAAAUUGCUGGUUCAAAAAUUGUAUUUACAAAUGGCUCACAGGAUCCAUGGCGUCAUGCUUCCAAACAAACUUCAUCCACUGAUUUGCCUUCCUACCUUAUCAAGUGUAAUAACUGUGGCCAUUGUACUGAUUUGCGAGGAUGUCCUCAAUCUCCUUUGGUCAUUGAAGGUAAUGAGAAGAAUUGCAGUUCCCCUGAUGCAGUUCAUAAAGUAAGGCAAAAGGUUCAAGAAGACAUGGACUUAUGGCUAUCUGAGUGCAUCAACACAGACACAGGAAGGAGUUUUAUAUAAUUAAUUACUUAUGAGAUCCAUCAUGAUACAAUAACUUACGACUCCAUGAAAUAUAUCACACCUGUAUGAACUGAACAAUCCCAAAGCAGAACAUAUGUGUACAAAGAAUGUUUUUCCUAAGACAUCUCUUAAGUGUAUACUGAUUUCAUCCCCUGAUAAUGGUUUUGUAUGUUGAUGUGUACAGAAUUAAACUAAUUGAGCUGUUAAGGAGAUGUUUGGUUUCAAAAACACUAAUUAAUGUUAUUUAUUGUUCAAAAA